CAGCUCACAUUGCGAACCACUGCACAGAGAGCGGAGCGACGUUGCCUGUCCUCUGCUUCGUACAGCUUGUAAUAAUCUCUUCUUUCCCUCCUUUACUCUCUCUUCCUUUCCUCCAUUACACCCAUCCUCGGGCCCGCGCAUCUACGGCUGAGCUCUCCCCGAGCUACUGAGGGGUUAUCUUUGACCAAGCAUGGCUUCGCAAGGCUAUGCCACCGGAGCAGAGGCUCAGGCAGAAGGCUUGCGCCGAAGAAACAUCCCCAAUGGCGAUGGUCAAGUUGGCUUGAGCCCGCAGGCAGCGGAAAAGAGCAAGCAGAAGUCCAAGAGCUUCCUCCAGAUCCUCGAUGAGACCGAAUAUAUCUGGGCGCCUAUUAUGUUCACCUUCCUUGCCUUCUUCACCCGCAUGUACAAGAUCGGACUCUCCAAUAUCGUGACCUGGGAUGAGGCCCACUUCGGAAAAUUCGGAUCGCACUACCUGAAGCGUGAAUUCUAUUUCGAUGUCCAUCCUCCGCUCGGAAAGAUGCUCGUUGGCCUGUCUGGCUUCCUGGCUGGUUACAAUGGAUCCUUUGAGUUCAAAUCCGGCGAGACCUAUCCCCCGGAGCUCAACUACCAGUUUAUGCGAAUGUUCAACUCUACCUUCGGCGCGCUUACCAUCCCGCUGGCAUACUACACCGCGAAGGAAUUGAACUUCAGGAAGCCCGCCGUUUGGCUUUGCGCGCUCAUGGUUCUCUGCGACAACUCGCUUGCGACCAUCAGCAGAUUUAUCCUUCUGGACUCGAUGCUGCUGUUCUUCACUUUCACAACCGUAUUCUGCUGGGCGAAGUUCCACAAGCUCCAGAAGGACCCUUUCUCGCCUGAGUGGGGCCUUUGGUUGAUGUUGACUGGUGUUUCGAUUGGCUGUGUUUGCAGUGUUAAGUGGGUCGGUUUCUUUGCUACCGCAUUGGUGGGUAUCUACACCAUCGAAGACCUCUGGAACAAAUUCGGAGAUCUGAAGAUGCCAAAGGGCGAGCUUGCCGCUCACCUCGGCUUCCGUGUCUUUGGUCUCAUCCUCAUCCCCAUGAUGGUUUACCUCUUCUCUUUCUGGCUUCACUUCUUGGUCCUUGAGAACAGCGGUCCUGGUGACGCCCAAAUGAGCUCUCUGUUCCAAGCAAACUUGAAGGGUACGGAAGUUGGAAAGGACAGCCCUCUCGAACUUGCUUAUGGAUCUCGCAUCACACUCAAGAACAUGGGUUACGGAGGAGGUCUCCUUCACUCCCACAUUCAAACUUUCCCUGAGGGAUCCCAGCAGCAACAGGUUACCUGCUACCACCACAAAGAUGCGAACAACGAGUGGUUCAUUUACCCCAACCGCUUCGACACUGAUUACCACCCGGAGGAGGCUCUUCGCUUCCCGAGCAACGGAGACCAGAUUCGUUUCAUCCAUGCCCAGACCGGUCGCAACCUGCACUCCCACUCCAUCCCUGCUCCCGAGACCAAGGCCGACUACGAAGUUUCCGCUUAUGGUAAUGUUACUAUUGGCGAUAGCAAGGAUCACUGGACUAUUGAAGUGGUUCGCGAUGCAGCCUCCAGUGACUAUUCGAAGAUCCGGACCUUGACCACUGCUUUCAGAUUGAAGCAUAGUGAUCUCGGCUGCUACCUGCGUGCUGGCACUGUGAACUUGCCGCAAUGGGGUUUCAAGCAAAUCGAAACCACGUGCGACAAGAAGAACAACCCCAGGGACGUGUACACUCACUGGAACGUUGAAAGCCACUUCAACGAGAGGCUGCCUGCCAGCGAGCCGGGUUCUUUCAGGUCUCCCUUCUUCCGCGAUUUCAUCCAUCUGAACGUGGCUAUGAUGACUUCUAACAACGCCCUUGUUCCUGACCCGGACAAGCAGGAUGAUCUUGCCUCGGCUCCUUGGCAAUGGCCCAUCCUUCACGUUGGUCUUCGUAUGUGCGGCUGGGGUGACGAAACUGUCAAGUACUUCCUGCUUGGUAAUCCCUUCGUCUACUGGUCUACCACUGCUUCACUCCUUGGUGUCGGACUCUUGGUUGCUUGGUACCUGAUCCGCUGGCAACGCGGUUAUGACGAGCUCAAGCCCGCCGAGAUCGACCAGAUCCAUUACUCUGGCCUUUACCCUGUUCUUGGAUGGUUCCUGCAUUACUUCCCUUUCAUCGCCAUGGCGCGUGUCACCUACGUCCACCACUACUUCCCUGCUCUGUACUUUGCCAUCCUCUCCUUCACGUUCUUGGUUGACUGGACGACGAGGAACCUGCGUAGGCAGCUGAUGUGGACCAUCUAUGCCGUCCUCUACGUUCUGACGGCUGGUCUCUUCAUCCUGUUCAAGGACAUCACGUUCGGUAUGGAGGGCGACAACAAGAAGUGGGGGUACCUCAAGUGGUUCAGCACGUGGCGCGUUACGGACUAAGCGCUAUUUUCUGGAUCAUCAUCCAUGCUUAGGGUAUUUGAUAACGGAUUGGGACAGUGGUAAGAAAUGACACAAAACAAAAAUUCUUAAACGGGCACUGGGCCCGAGUUUGAUGCGUACAGGUUCUGAGUUGAAGUUCAGCUUGUAUUACUUCCUUAUCCAAGGCUUUCCUUAUCUUAUGUCUAGCAAAUGCAAAUUAAUUGUUACCCUG